GUUCAGGAGAGGGUUGUAGUGGUGUAAUAACGUCACAACGCCUCAACCAUUAACAAUAUUCUGUGUGUGUAUGCCAAGGAUGAGGUCCGUCGUCGUGUACAAGAGAGCUUCCAGUGUAGACAUUAUAUCUGAGGACGACUACUAUACACAGAUAGAGAAGAAACCUAGAGAAGAAAACUCAUUCAGUUUUUUCGACCUACCAUCCCCAAUAUGCUUGGAAGUGAUCUCUCACCUGAGCCUGCGAGAUACCCGGGCCAUGGCACUUACUUGUCGAGCAGGCUGGCAGAUAACAAGAGAUCAACUCAUGUGGAGACACAAACUGUGGCUCAGAGCCAAGGUGAUAAAUUUGGGUUUAUUUGGACCUAACUUUGAACCCAAUCCUAUGGCUGGCAUGCUGGUACGAGACCCACUGCUCGUCAAUAACAAGCUUCUUUAUGAAAUACUAAAUCCAGAUUCCUGUAAUGAUGAAAACCACGAGGACCUAGAUUUUGGUAACCUUCUCUCCAAGAUGGCCACACCUACUGCCUCGAUGGGUUUAUCAGAGUUGUUCGAAAAUAUGCUUAGUAUAUUUAGUAGUGGGAGUCCACAAAAUUCUCUGUCUGAUCCAUUUUCUAAGGGUGAAGGUGCGCCAACCUUUCUGCUUUUUGGUAUGCCUGAAACAAAAGUGUCCAAGAAAUUGGCUCUCAGUUUCAUAGCAUCUAAGGACUCCACCUUUGAAACUGUUGGACUGGUUAAAGGCAAGCCAGGGGGGGUUGGGGGUGGUGUUACAGUGAGGUAUGGACACCAUUUGAUGAACCUCUUGACAGUUCGACGAGCUCGGCCUCGACUCUUGGUGGAUGGACCCAAUGGUACAACAUUUCAUCCUGAUGUUGCUGAGGUAAUCCCACGCGUUGAUGGUUUAAUAUGUUACAUGGAUGCCACAUGUCACUGUGACAAUAGCAGUAACAAGAGCUUGUAUAACAAAAAACAAAAUGUCUGCUGCACAAAUUCUCACACAAUUGAUGUGCUGGAGCUAGAAGCAAUGAUGAGGACGAUCCCUUCAGAACUAUCACCACCCAUCCUUGUCCUCCUAGCACACAUGGAUGACCCUCAGCCCAUAUCUAACGACUCUGACUUUGACGGUGAUGAUUUUGCAAAUACGUGUAAUAAAUCCCAGGCCUAUCACAGUGGUCAUCCAGCACGUCACCGCCCUACCAUGUUACAUAGUGUUCUUGGGACGCUGGAUCUGCCAUGGGCUAUAUGUGAUGUAGAAGUGAAGACCCUUGUAGGCGUUCACCGCGGUCUUAAUUGGCUCCUUCACCGCACACUUAAGCUAAAGACUGGUUGAAAAUCGUAAGGUUGGUGUGACGAGGCAGUAGUUGCCAGUAAAUUCAUUUUGUUACAAAGAACCUUAUGUUUUGGUUAUGAUAAUAAACCAAGUGAUUCAGAAAAGCUGACUACCUGUAUCAGUGUUUGUGUCACUGGAAAAUAUAGUACAGGAAACUACCUUCAUUAUGUUGGCAGCUACUGACAACUGUUAUGUCAUGGAAGUGUACACAACAGAUAAGUUUAUCUUUCUUUUUCUGUAGUGGAAGGUUUGUGGCAUUGGUUCGUUUUAAUUUUUUUUUUUACAAAACUGUAAUUUUUUUAUAUCCAUUAAUUUUUUUUCUACAUUUAAUCCAACUGCUUUAACAAAUAUAGAGUACAUUACAGUGUCUCUCUAAAGGGCUACUACUUAAAAUAUUCAAAUAAUUUGUUAAUACAGGUUGUACCUCUCUAGUCCGGCAUUCUGUGGUCUGGAAACUCCUGUGGUCGGGAACGAUUUUAGUUUGCACAUGGAGAAAAUUAAUUUGAGUCUGGUAUUUUCGAUGUUUGGCUAAA